UGGGCUUCCUGGCCAGUACAGAGCUGUGUGAAGAGCAGAUGUUUCUCAGAGUCCGUUAGCCUCAUUUCCUGGGCGGAUCGCUCUCCGCUCUAUUAGUGCAGCAACAGGAACCAAAAGAAAAAGAAAAAAACAGAGAGUAAAAGAGAGCGAGAGAGUGAGAAGUCAGUGGAACGCCUUCCACAAAUCAUUUUGUCACUGGCAAGCUCUGACAAAGCAGAGAGAGAGAGAGGGAGAGAGAGAAUGAGAGAGGGAGAGAGAGGGCAGGAGGGACAUACCUAGUAAGAAAAAAGUGAUCUCUGACAGAGGGGGAGAAGCAGAGAGUGAGAGAGAACGAGCGAGCGAGGAACGGAGCACAAGAGGAGGUGUAAAGGGAGCUUCACCGGGAGCCAAAGUGCAUAAAAGUGGACGGAGAGAAGAGGGUAAAGAGGGAGAGAAGGGAACGCAACCUGAUCCCCAGGCUUACGCUUGUAACUCCUGCUCCCACUGUUGCUACUGCCGCAGCUUUCUCAUCUGACACUCGUUCGCUGGCUCUUGUCCUCAGAUUAUUUGCUUUGUUUACGACUCCGAUAUCUCCAAACCUCGUGGCUCAGCUGACACUGAGGCAAAGCUACAGGGUGUUUUCCAAGAGGAUCCUUUGCUUUUCAUGCCCUACGGGGCUGCUGAGUGCUGGGCGUGUUGCUGGAUAGUGGCAUGCAGCCUUAAAGGCUUGGCUGCUUCGGAAGGCUCUCAUGGUAAAGGCUGUGUCAAAAGCUGCCGGGGGAACAGCAAAGGAAGCCAAGGGUCAUCUGAUCGUGCUCAACCUUCGGUGAGAAAAGCCUGUGCUCUUAGGAGGUGGACACAGCCCUCGUUUUGUAUCAGACAGGAUUUGGUAGACAUCUGUGGGACAGCAAAACUCAGAGGAAAGCUGACAAGUGGCCUGUCAAGGCGGAACAGUUCAGAAAGGAAGGGCAAAGUUUGAGACCAGAAGCUGUAACUCGCAUACAAGCUUGCUCUUGUGUUUGGACAGCAGACUCGUGCUGUUUUCUCACCAGAGACAAGGGUCUCCAACACAGGCUGAGAAACUUCAGGUUUCAGCCAGACCUCGUGGACCCGAACAAGCGAGUCUGUGUGCACUUGCCAGCUUGUUGAAACAGCACUUUAGAGACGGAGAGUCUGAGAAAAGCUGAACGCUAGCCAGUCGAGCUUGUGUCUCUUGUGAGUGAGUUUGUAUGUGCACGUCUGUGUUUAUUUGGAUCUGUGCUUGGAGCUCUGCGUGCGCCCACCUUCUGAGAGAGUGUGGGUGUGUGGGAAACAGACCGCUCCAUUUGUCAGCUUCGCGCACACACUCCGUUCCCACUCAGGAGCCAGAGCGCAGACGGUGAGUGGCUGCAUGCUGGGAUUCCCCUCUGGCUGCAUUACCCCAGGUGCUUUCCACCAUCAAUAUUAUUAUCAACAUCAGGUAGCAUCUCCUGACCAAGCAACACUACCCUGACGGUUUCCAUCACACCUGACAUCAGUCACAGUUAUACAACAACCCUCUUCUACAUCUGGGUAUCAGUCAGAUCAACAUGAGACUCUUGUGUCUAGCGCUAGCCGCUCUGUGCCUGGUAGCCGUGGUGGGCGGCAUGUCCACCUGUAAGACCCUGGAUCUAGAGGUGGUCAAGAAGAAGCGUAUCGAGGCCAUCCGCGGCCAAAUUCUCAGCAAGCUGCGCAUGGCCAAGGAACCUGAGCCUGAGGAGGGGGAUUUGGACAAGAACAUCCCCGAGGCCAUCGUUUCGCUGUACAACAACACAUUGGAGCUCAGCGAGGAGUGGAAGAACAAGACGAAUCUCGACUAUCUGACCCAGGAUGAGGAGGAGUACUUUGCCAAGGAGGUGCACAAGUUCACCAUGACGCGGAACGAUAACGAUUCAAUGCGGCUGUAUUUCGAUGUGGCGGAGAUGAAGAAGGACAUCGUGGACUACAGGCUGCUGUCCACAGCCGAGCUCAGGCUCCGCAUCAAGAACCCCACCAUCGCACCCGGCUCAGAGGAGAGGCUGGAGCUCUACCGGGGCUCGGGGGGACAGGAACACUACCUGGGCUUCCACAUCAUCUCAAACGAUCUGGCCAACCGCUGGAUCUCCUUCGACGUCACGGCCACGCUCAAAUCAUGGCUGCAGUCCCAAGGAGCGGGGAAGGAGCAGGGAUUCGAGCUGAAGCUCUACUGCGGCUGUGGAGAGCCUGAGAAGAAGCCCAGCUUUCAGAUAUCAGGUAUUCAUAAAGGAAGAGGAGACAGGAGUGAUCUUGCUAACCUUAUGGUCAAGCCGUUUAUUCUGGCCAUGUCUGUCCCUCCUGAUGGCAACACCCACAUCUCCACACGCAGGAAACGCUCCUCUGGAGCUGAGGAAACCUGCGCCGAGACCAGCGAGACCUGCUGCAUGCGGAAUCUUUACAUCGACUUCCGGAAGGACCUGGGCUGGAAGUGGAUCCACAAGCCCAAAGGAUACUACGCCAACUACUGCAUGGGCUCCUGCACUUACAUCUGGAACGCUGAGAACAAAUACUCACAGAUUUUAGCCCUGUACAAACACCAUAACCCCGGUGCAUCUGCCCAACCCUGCUGUGUACCUCAAACCCUGGACACCCUUCCAAUCGUCUAUUAUGUUGGCAGACAACACAAGGUGGAGCUCCUGUCCAACAUGGUGGUGAGAAGCUGUAAGUGCAGUUAAAGUGGCUGAAGUUCAUCUCCUUCAACACCUCAUGCUCCUCUCUCUCCUAUAAGCGAGCAGAUAGAAUGUCCCUGGGGGAAAGGAGGGGAUGAAAGCACGGCAGGACUGAAAUGGACAGAAAAAAAAGGACAAAAGGAGGGGAAGAGGAGGAGAAAGUGGCAAAGACCAAACAAAAAAGCAAAGGAGUUUUGACUUUUGACUCACUGUUGCUUUUUACCUUCUCCAUAAAACAUCACUGAGAACAAUAUGCUAAUACUUCAUUGCAGAUUAUGCUUUGUUUUAUUUGUAAUCUUUUAACUACAGUAGUAUAUUUCCUUUAAUUUAUUGUGAAAGAUUGUUGCAUUACGCUAUGAUGUCCUGUAGAGUUGCAUGCCAGACGUACAAUGAAGAUUUCUCUUGGUGCUGUGCUUCUGAAAAGAGCACCAGUAACAUUGGAGGAAUGUGUUUCCAGAGAGAAAUGAAUGUGCUUACGUGAGAAGACCAAGAACUUUGCACUAAAUCAUGCUGAGAACGGAGGUUGAGGGGGCACUGAAACUCAGAUUCCAUUGAUAUGUGUUGGAGGAUAGCUGUGGUGGACUUGAAAAGACCACUGACCUACAGUCCAUACUACUACAUUAGAGAAAUAUGGGUGUGAAAACCUUUAUACCUGUAUGUGCAUAUGAGCUGGGGAUGUGGGUGGGGGGGUUCCUCUAAGGCUUCUACAACUUCCGGUAAUUAUUCUGGACAGCUGUAAAAAUUCCUCGUCCAUAAAGGGACUUCACCGUGGAAGGUUUGGCCCCAUCGCUCAUCCCUUGUCCAGAUUUGCAUGGGCCUGUGGGCUGUUUUGUGUGGUAGGAAUGGAACUCCUCUACAGAGAACACACUUAAGUUCUGCAAAUUUUAGUGCACACUUUCUAUUUAUUUAACAAAUUUAAAGUUUAACAAAUUUAAAAUAUAUUAACAUAUUGAUUAAACAUUAGACGCCAUUACAUUUGCACAUGCCACAUUUCAUGGUUUAUUUCAGCAAAUAAACAGUAAUAGUGCAUUAAAGUGUGCAGAAGUGUGUUCUCUGUAGAACUGAUUUUCACCAAGAAGUUCAACAAAACAUGGAAUUUGACCAGGGGUGCCCAAACUUUUGCAUUUGACUGUGUGUGUGUUCGUCUUGUGUAUGUGUCUGAUAUACAGUGGGGUUCAAAAGUCUGAGAGAAAAUGUUUUUAUAUUGCAUUUCUUUCUAAUUCAAUACAGUGUUUCUCAGUACAAAUUAUAUCAGCAUGACAGUUCGAGUCAAAAGCACAAUCUUUGAAAUUUUAACAUGAAAUUCUUGAUGAAA